AUGGUUCCAGCUUUCGGUUUCGUUUCAGCAGCUUUGUGCCAAAGUGGGAAAGGCCCUCAGACCGCCGGCGGUGCUUCAGAUGACUAUCAACAUGCCUUAAUCGAACUCGAGGGUCUUCAACUUGCAUUGGCGCGGCUACAGGCGCUUGAGCCGACCGAGAGCAAUGUCAACCAGGUCAAUGCCAUCCGCGGGAUGGCUCUGGCGUGUAGGCUUCCAUUGCAGGAGUUCCUGACCAAACUCCAGAGAUAUGAGGCUCAACUGGGACCGCGGGCCGCUGGAUCACUCAAGGCAGGAGGGAGGAAGGCCAAAUGGGCGGUUUUCAUCACUCAGGAUGUGUACAAAUUGAGGGGGAUGGCGUCUGCGAAAGUCUUGAGUAUCAAUCUGUUGUUGGCAACCCACGCUUCGUGA